UUAGAAAGUUGAUAUCUUAAUUUUUAUCAUAAAAUAAAUAAAGAUAUGCCAGCAGCAAGUCAUAAUGUAUUUACGGGUCAAUGGAUUCAGAUGCACUUCAAGGUAAACUCCAACAGUGGUCCUGCGAUGAAGACAAGGUGGAGAUUGGAGAAAUGUUUACAGCGCAAUGGCAUGCACAACCAUCAGCCGCUACCUCAGCGAUAGGGUCUGUACUCCGGAACGACCCUAGUUCCGCAUUGCCAAGGAUUGACUACUCAGCGACAGCUGUAUCAGCUGCUUCUGCUAUAAGCAGUGAAAUACUACCAGCCGUUAGCCUUAAUGACAUAAACCCCAAUGCAACAGAAACCGACCUGGAAGUUGAUAGGUGGCCAGUAUCCCAAAUAAUGCGCUUAUUACGCUUCUAUGCUGCACAUCGAUGCCUUUGGGAUGUAGAUUGCGUCGAUAACCAUAAUCGUAAAAUGCGUCAUGCGGCUUUGGUGGAUAUAACAGCAGCAAUGGGAGAUGAUAUGACCAAGGAACAAAUUGUUCAGAAAAUCAAUGUUGUAAGAGCAACUUAUCGUUAUGAAAGGAAGAGGAUAAAGCAACGAAUAAAGCGUGGUAUGGGCGCAAAGACCAAAUUGAAAUGGUUUGCCUUGGCCGAUGCUUUUUUGAGGAAAGUGCCAAAGAAGGGGCGAAAAGCGGAGGAUCCUCAGAACUCCGAUUCUGACUUAGAAGAUGCAGUUAUAUUCACAAUAAAUCCAGAAACCUUGGGUCCCCUAUUAAAAAAAGACGCCAUUCAGGAAAUCAAAAAUCGGGAAGAAAUUAAGGAAUUUAGAUCAUACAUUCACUCUGAGUCGGCUGAUUGUGACGCAAUCCCUAAGACAGAGGAAGAGAGGGACGGCGACACAAAUUUUUCCAUUGGUGUUGUUAGUUCAGAAACUUUCGAAAACCCAAAUUCGGAGGUUAUAGAAAAUAAUUUACAGAAACAGUUGAAUACUUUAAACAAAUCGCUACUAUGUUCCAAAGAGUUGGUUGAGUUGGAUAAUCAUUAUGAUCUGGCUAGGUUACUAAAGCAAGAACCAACUUUAGAAACUAAAUCCUGGACUUUGGAAACUACCAUACAAUUUUUACAUUUAAUGAAGAGUCAUCCCAUUCUUCUGGGCGAUAAUAUGGGCCUUAUCGAAGAAUCUCAUAAAUUGGCUUUACAAACAAUAGCAAAUGAAAUGGCAAGGUCCUAUAAAAGCAUAGAAAAACGUUGGCUGAUUUUUAAGAAAACUGUCGAUGAAGAAAAGCAGAAAAUUUUGAAUAAUCCAAUUUACGUGCCUCGCUACAAAUGGUGGCAAGAAGCAGCAACUAUAAUGCAAUCACUACCUCAAUUGAAAACGGAAUCCAUUUACUUAGAAGAAAAAUCCGAAUCGGAGAAUGAUGAAGGCGAAUAUGCAAGUCGUUUUGAAAAUCCCAUACCCUCUGUGGCACCUUUGUCUAAUAUGAAUGAGGCCAUGGCUUCAUUAUUUCAUGAUGACUUCUCCCUAAGUUCCAACUCCAAUUCAGAGCAGACUUUAGUCAACGAUGCUUCAAACUCCAGCAAAAUUGUAUGGAAAGGAUUAGAAGAUGAUCUCUUGGAGGGCAAAUGGUCUUUAAAGCAUUCGGUGAAAUUCUUACGUCUCUAUGGGGUCCACCGAUGUUUAUGGGAUUUAAAUGAUCCCGACUAUAGAUCCAGGCCAUUGCGUAAUGCUGCCAUUGAAGAUAUAGCAGCAUCCAUGGGUCAUAAUCUAACUCCCUCUUAUGUGGCCAAGAAAAUUAAGAUUUUUCGCAUUACCUACAUGCAACAACGAAAACGUAUACUCGAGGCAACUCAAAGAGGAGAGACACAGGAAAUUUUAUUAAAAUGGUUUCCUUUGGCCGAUAGUUUUUUGAGACCUCAUAUUGGUUUGCGUUCGAUUAAAUCGGAUGCCAAGGAAAUACCACAAUUUGAUUUUCAAUAUGUCUAUGCUAAUUUGAAUUUAAUCGAUCCAGCCCUAUUGAAUGAUUUUCGGGGAAAAGGUACGCAAAAUGCCAUAGACAUAGGCGGCAAUGAAGAUGAAUGCAUCAACUCGCCUGCUGAGAAAUAA